AUGAAGGAUGAUGUAGCUGCUCAUGAUAUGGACGAUCCAUUGGUGGACAGCAGCACCGGCUUUUUCAAACAAUUUGAUACUGGUGAAGACCCAGAAGAAGAUCUUGAGCACCAGGUCAUUGAUGGUGAGCCUAUUGAGCAGCGCGUUGAAGAAGACGAACAAGAGGAGGCAACCGAGCAUACCCAAAUACCCUACGAAGUUGCUGCCCGGGCGUUCAUGGAGAUAAUCUUCCAUGGGACCAUGUCACAGAACGGUGACUGGAAGAAUAACCCAUCUCAAUGUCACUUGUGCUUGGAAGACGAGACCAUUUCCGCGGAACAAAAGGCACAUACAUACAAUAAGGAAGAGCAUCUCAAAAACCAUAUGGGCUCGUUCAUCCACACACCAUUGGCGCCUUGGUGUCGUCAAGUUGAGGCACAGGCCGAAGCCGAUCACUGCCCGAUCAUGAGUCCAUAUUGCGCAGAGCCGGGUCACUAUACGUGCAACGAAAGUCCACGUGCGACUCUCAAUUCAAACCUCCUAGACGAUGACUUCCUCUAA